AUGAGUGAUCUACCAUUCGCCAAACGUGAGCCACGUGAAAUAAAGAUGCCAGAACCAACUCCCGAAGGAACAUUUAGGCGACUUGGAUAUUGCACAAAUCCAAAUCCGCAAGUUGGCCCUCAAAGACAAACUCAAUCUGGUUUAUUAAGGCAAAUGAAUUUCAAAAGCGAGGCAAAAAGAAUAGAUUCAAGACUUUCACAACUUGAUAGAAAUAAAAUGAAUGCUUUUAAUCAAAACGGUUCAAGGCUUGGACCAGGAAUUACAAUGUCAACUUCCCAGCAAUUCGCAACACGUCACGGAAGUUUACCUGUUGGAUAUAAUACAUUCUGGAUUUCCAAACCAGAGCCAGAUUCAGGAAUGCUUCCAGAUCCUGAAGAAAUGUAUCAAACUUCUUACUUGAAAACACCAAUUUCUGAUAUGGAUAAGCAGACUCGUGCAAUGCAUGUCAGUAGUGUUCUUGCUGAAAAGACAUUUCAUAUGGAUAGGCUCAAAAAACGUGAAGAACAAGAUCAACUCGCAACAGAUACUAUUAAUGAAUCAAAGAUGAAGAGUGUUCAACAACAACGCGAUUACUACAACAAGGCGCUUGAAAACCGGCAAAGAUUGGAAAGAUUAAGAUAUCACAUAUUUGAGUAA